AUGAGCUCCAGAGAAUUGGCAGCCUGCACGUCAGAACAUCUCAAUGGCAGCAUGCCUGAAGGUUCCCUUGGCGAUAAACUGGUCGUUAGGGAGUCGAGUGACGAAGAAACAGGGUUCUCAAAUGCAUGGAAUGCGGAUAUAUUGCCCCGCUCAUGGUAUCAAGAGCAGAUUUGCAGCGGUAGAAAAGAAAAAAGAUACAUAAGUAAGGCCAGAAAGGCCGAAAGCAGAGACAUAUAUCACAUGACACCCAGAAAACUUUCCAAAGCCCUGACCUCCAUUGACCUAUCAAUACUUCGGAAGAUAUCUCCCAGUGAGCUAGUUGAUUACGAUGGCCCGGGAAACAGCAGAUGCAGAAAUAUAAGGCACAUGAGGUCAAAAAAUACUGGCCUGACAAACUUCAUUUCCUACGAGCUACUAAGGGGAAGAAACUACAGGUACUUCUUUAGAUUACUGAGACACCUAGAAAAGGUGGGAAACUACAACUCGUUCUAUUGCGUCGUCAAGGCGUUCCAGAUGCAGAGGCUUGACCUGAAAAGGCUGAACACCCUGUCUGGAUAUAUGGAGAAGAGCACAAGCUACUUCAACAUGAGGCAGGUUCUGGACGACCUAGCUGCAAACGAAGCAUUUCUUAUAUGUCCCAUGGAUGUCUACAUCAGGGAUGUGGAGGAGUCCAACAGAACCAGGAAUAACGAAAUAGCAUCUAUGAGGUUCUGUAGGCUGGUGGAGAUAUUGAUAAAGUUGCAGAACCAGACGCUUGAUGCCACCAUUUCCCACGCCGACGAGCACUUUCUGCUUAGCAAGUUCUGGCACCACAUUCAAAAGGAUUCUGUCUCCGACCGAAGGCCCGAUGCAAGAAGGCAUGACGGGCAAUUUUUGCUUAUAUGA